CAACACUAGAUGAAGGUCGGAUGUGUGGAAACAAGAAUUUGAUUAGAUUGCUGGAAGAAGCAAAGGCUGCUCAGUUGUCGGAAUUCCCAUACCGUGCUCAAGAAAUUGCAGAUAAAAUGCAUCCGAAGAAAUGCACAGUGUUUCCCUUCCCCCCACGGGAUAGCAAAGAAGACAGAAAACCUGGAAUUGUGUUAUGGCUCCGUCCCACUAUCAAAGAGCUUAUCAAUACAGCGUCAGAGAAACUAGAAUUUGAAGGUGGUAUAUGUAUAUUAUCAGAGGAUGCAGGUAAAAUUCUUGACGUAGGCUUGAUAAAUGAUGGUCAGAAGCUGUAUUUAGUCACCGAGACGUAUUUGAACUAAACUUUGUGACCAUUAUUAAUUGCCAUAUAGUC